UGUUAUCUGAAUUUCUUAUCUUCAUUUGAAGUAAGUCAAUACACAGCUCUAAAAAGAUAGACUCCGACGACAACAACAGAUACAAAAACAGCUCAGAACAUCCUCCGCCACCAACCGCCGCCGCCGUCGCCGUCGCUACAACUUUGUUUCCUCAAUGGCGGCUGCUGCAAUUACUGGUGUAGGAUUGUCGUGUCCCUCAAAAUUGAGUCAAACCGCCGCCGGUCGCCGCCAAAAGCGGUGCGCUUCAGUCGUCCGGAUGACUUUGCUCGAUGAGAAGAAGAAAACGUACACACUCACGAAAUCGGAAGAGGCUUUUGCCGCCGCCAAGGAACUGAUGCCCGGAGGUGUAAAUUCCCCAGUACGUGCUUUCAAGUCAGUUGGUGGUCAGCCUAUUUUGGUUGAUUCUGUGAAGGGCUCUCACAUGUGGGAUAUUGAUGGCAACGAGUACAUCGACUAUGUCGGAUCAUGGGGGCCAGCCAUUAUUGGCCAUGCAGAUGAUGAGGUACUUGCUGCCUUGUCAGAAACAAUGAAGAAAGGAACCAGCUUCGGUGCACCUUGCCUCCUCGAAAACGUUUUAGCAGAAAUGGUGAUCUCUGCUGUUCCGAGUAUAGAAAUGGUUCGAUUUGUCAACUCAGGCACAGAAGCAUGCAUGGGCGUACUUCGAUUGGCUCGUGCGUACACAGGGCGCGAAAAAAUCAUCAAAUUCGAAGGAUGCUACCAUGGCCAUGCAGAUGCAUUCUUAGUCAAGGCGGGAAGUGGUGUUGCCACCCUCGGCCUUCCAGAUUCUCCCGGAGUUCCCAAAUCAGCCACCUACACGCUGACAUCACCUUACAUGAUAUCGCACAGUCGAAGCCUCUUCGAAGCGAACAAGGGAGAAAUCUGUGCAGUCAUUCUCGGAGCAGUUGUAGGAACGCCGGCUUCAUCACACGCAAAACCCGGAAUUUCUCCAACGCACUAGCGAAAAAUCACCAAAGAACACGGGGCUCUAUUGAUUUUCGACGAAGUUAUGACGGGGUUCCGUCUCUCUUACGGUGGUGCUCAGGAGUACUUUAACAUAACCCCCGAUCUGACGACACUCGGAAAAAUCAUCGGCGGCGGUCUGCCGGUCGGUGCGUACGGAGGGAGGAGAGAGAUUAUGGAGAUGGUUGCUCCGUCAGGGCCCAUGUACCAGGCGGGGACACUGAGCGGAAACCCUUUGGCAAUGACAGCUGGCAUCCACACGCUGAAGAGGCUGCAACAGCCUGGCACUUACGAGUACUUGAACAAGAUCACAGGUGAGCUUAUCGAGGGACUUGUGGGGGCUGCAAAGAAAGCCGGACAUGAAUUCUCCGGUGGGUAUAUAAAUGGUAUGUUUGGUUUCUUUUUCACCGAUGGACCGGUUUACAACUUCGAGGAUGCGAAGAAGAGCGAUACUGCGAAAUUUGCGAGGUUUUAUAGAGGGAUGCUCGAGGAAGGUGUCUAUUUGGCGCCUUCUCAGUUUGAGGCUGGUUUUACGAGCUUGGCACAUACUGAUGAGGACAUCCGAAAGACGAUAGCUGCUGCCGAGAGGGUUUUCAAGACGCUUUAAAUUAUCCUUUUUACCGACGUCGUUCUUCGACGGAAUUCGUUGGUAACUUGCUUGUUCUUUUUUUCUUUUCUUUUCUUUUUUGUAGCCUACAUAUUUUUAGAGGAUUUUGUUCUAUUGAGCGUAGUUUCUUUCUUCUUGUUUUGAGUGUGUUUGUGAUUGUAGUUCAGUUGUAACAUGUUGGAAUAAUGAUUUCACUAUUUAUGGUCUUGCUAUGGAGUUUUUCACUUUGCUUGA